UUUCAAGUUUGACUUGAAGAUGUUCAUUGACGUGCGAUGUGCACAUAAUUGUAGUGCUGCGUACUCGAUGAAAGUUUAUUAAACAUAGAUGCUGUUUGUUCGAAAUUAACGUGUUAAAUUUUUCUAUUAAACAUGGCGCCUAAUUUCAGUAAAAUCACAAGUAGGACCGAUGUUAAAAUCGCCCUCGCAGCCUCCGCGGCAAUCGGAGCUUGGGCGAUUAAAAACUCGCUCCAAUCAAGUCAAAGUAAACGAGUUAGACCAGGCCGUUUAUCGCCCGAAGAGCAGAUUCAAUAUAUGAUAAAGGAGAGACAUAAAAAGUCACCUAAAGCUCAAGUGGAUGCCAGAUUUUUUGCUGAACUGAAGGCAUUAUGGAAGAUUAUGGUGCCAGGGGUUUGGUCGAAGGAAAGUGGUUUCAUGGCACUGAUCGCCUUGUCCCUGAUAGCGAGGUCCAUGUGCGAUCUGUGGUUGAUCCAGCAUACUACUCUAAUAGAGGGCGCUAUAAUCACAAUGAACAAGCAGGAGUUCAAAAGCAGAUUGCUGCAGUUCUUUGCCGCAAUGCCCAUGAUAUCAUUAGUCAACAAUGUAUUAAAAUGGAGUAUAGGAGAAUGUAAAUUAAGAAUACGGACAAACCUUUCACUAUAUUUAUACCAGCAAUAUAUGAAAGGAUUCACAUACUACCAAGUGACGAACCUGGACAACCGGAUAUCGAACGCGGACCAACUGCUCACCACGGACAUAGACAAGUUCUGCGAGACCGUCGUGGACCUGUACAGCAACAUCAGCAAGCCGGUCCUAGACAUUGGCAUCUAUCUGUACAGGCUUACCGUCAAUCUGGGCGUCAGUACUCCUGGAAUAAUGAUGGCGUACCUACUGGUGUCAGGAGUGUUCCUGACAUACCUCAGAAAGCCUACAGCUCGUCUCACCGUCCAAGAGCAAAAACUAGAAGGCGAAUUUAGAUACGUGAACUCCAGGCUCAUCACGAAUUCGGAAGAAAUCGCUUUCUAUCAGGGCAACCACCGCGAGCAGCUGACAGUCCUGGCGAGCUUCUACAAGCUGACUCGACACCUGCGGAACUUCCUCAACUUCCGCGUCGCUAUGGGCUUCAUAGACAACAUCAUCGCCAAGUAUGUCGCAAUCACGGUUGGAUUCUACGCGGUGUCGCGACCUUUCUUCGUCAUGGAUCACAACCUGCUCACUACGGGAACCGACAAUGACAGGUUUAAGCACUACUACACGUACGGGCGCAUGCUGGUAAAGAUGGCUGAAGCCAUCGGCCGCCUCGUCCUCUCUGGAAGGGAGUUGAGCAAACUGGCCGGUCUCACGUCGAGAGUCACGCAGCUGCGAACUGUUCUGUCUGACGUGAACCAGGGGAAGUAUACCAGGACCAUGGUGGGGCAGGUGGAGAACGGGAACGGCGGUAAGUUAAUGCCGAUGGUGAUGGCGCCAGGCGCUGGCCGCAUCAUCUACCAAGACAAGAUCAUCCGCUUCGACCGCGUGCCGCUCGUCACGCCCAACGGCGACGUUCUCAUCAAGGAACUGUCCUUCGAAGUCAAAUCAGGAAUAAACGUGCUGGUAUGCGGACCCAAUGGGUGCGGUAAAUCGUCCAUGUUCCGUAUGUUGGGGGAGCUGUGGCCCAUCUUCGGAGGCACUCUCACGAAACCGCCCAAGGGCAAGCUUUUCUACGUGCCGCAGAGGCCUUACAUGACCCUGGGGACCCUUAGAGACCAGGUGAUCUACCCUCAAACCCGCGAGGAGAUGGCCCGUCGCGGUCGCACGGACGCUCAGCUGAACAGGUUCCUGGAGAUCGUGCAGCUGGCUUACCUGACGAGCCGCGAGGGCGGCUGGGACGCCGUCGAGGACUGGAUGGACGUGCUGUCCGGCGGCGAGAAGCAGAGGAUAGCUAUGGCCCGUCUGUUCUACCACGAGCCGCAGUUCGCCAUCUUGGAUGAGUGCACUAGCGCCGUGUCUGUAGACGUCGAGGGUCAGAUGUACCAAUACUGCAGAGAGAUGGGUAUAUCUCUCUUCACGGUAUCUCACCGCAAGUCUCUAUGGAAGCAUCACGACCACUACCUGCAGAUGGACGGCCGUGGUGGCUACGUUUUCGAGGAGAUUGACGGCGACACGCAGGAAUUUGGAUCGUGAACUUUAUUGUAAUUAUGAGACGAUUCGAAAUGGCUUGGCAGUGAAAUGGUGCUUUAGUUGCAAAUAG